GAAGAAGAAGAUAGGGAUGACUUUGAGGCAACGUGAAUGCAAUCGAACACACGAAGCCAAGAACCAAUUCCCUUUUUUUCUUUUUCCUUUCAGUUUAAAAAGUUGCAGAGUGCACUUUUUCACCCAAAACUUGCAAAUCAAAUGAUUGAUCAUUGAUGAAGCAUCUCUCUCUUUUUCUCUUUUAUAAUAGAAGUGAGUGAGAGUCAAACUCGUAACUCAUUCUGACACCAAAGGCACAUCCAACACACACAUUUAUUCAUUAACAAACAUAGUAUUUAUCCACUUUCUAUUUGUACUUUGGUUUUUCUGACUCUGUCUCAUGGACCUUGUCCCCUAUUCUGACCCAAACUCUGCCACCACCCCACCAUGGCAAGACAUGUUCCGAUCCGCAUCCGUCAGAAAACCCACCUCGGAUCCUCCGCAGCAACCGCCGCCGAACGCCGGCCAAAAAUUCAAUCUUUCCGGCGACUCUCAGGUACGCUUAGCCCUUUACAUAGCCAUGGCUCAUGCUGGCCUUGCCUUCGCCAUACUCAUUCUCUACACUCUCUGCAAACUCCUCGAACAAUACCUCAAACCCCUUCAAUGGGCUGUGCUUUGUUCUAUCCCUCUCAGACUCAUUCACCAAACCAUCGUUUCCUUUUGGUCUGAACCCCUCAAAAUAGGCCUCACCCACACCCUCUUUGCUGUUCCUCUCGCCAUUUUCGAGGUCUUUGUUGCUACCCUGGUUGAGAUUCGAGAAGCUUCUUUCAGGUUUCUUCUCAGGAAACCAAAGGCUGAGAACGCCUCUUCAAGGAAAAGUAAGGGAUUUUCCACUGUGCUUCGUUUGCUCUUGUCUUUUGGGGUGUUUGUUUUUGCUUAUGAGAGGCUUGGUGGUGUUGGGUCUUUGUCACUUCUUGUAUUAGGCUUUGUUUUCAGUUCGAACAAUGCGGAUUCCACUUUGUCUCCAUUUGGGAGUGUUAGCUUUGGCCGCACUGCAAUUGGUGCGUUUUUCACCAGAAGGAUACUGAGAAGGUUGAAAACCAUUGUGGCCGUUGGAUUAAUUGUUGGUAUGAUUGUUGGGUUCUUGACUGUGGUGAUGUUUUUCUCCUACAAGAUUGGUGGUGAAGGGAAAGGUGCAGUGAUUUCGCUGAAAUUGCAUGUGGAAGAGAGCAAUUAUGCUGAGAGAAUUGGUGUGAAGAAGUGGAUGGAGGAGAAUGAUGUUGCUGGAAUGGUUGAUAGGUACACUACUCAGUUUUAUGAAACCGUGUCUGAUCAGAUUGAUGGGUUGGCAAUGAAGUACAAUAUGACUGAAUUUGUGACCGGUAUUAGGCAAUUUGUGAUAACAACUAGUGCUGCUAACUCUUCUCAGCAUUCAGCAGUUUCAAUGAUGCCUUCACCGUUCACUGAAAAACUCUUGAGUUUGAGGGGUAGAGUUAGAAAUAGGGAAUGGAGCCAGAUUUAUACUGAACUCGAUACCCUUUUUCGUGAGCUUAUAAUCACUCAAGAUGAUUUGGUUGAGAAGGCUAAGGGAUUUGUCAUUAAAGGAAUGGAUGUAGGUCAACGUGUUUUAGCUAGUAGUACAACAGUGCUUGGAAGUGGUACAAAGUUUGUGUUUUCCAUUUUGAAUUCCAUAAUCUCUGGAGCUGCUGAGGUUUUCAAUUUUGUGUCUCAGACAAUGGUGUUUUUCUGGGUUUUGUAUUAUCUCAUCACAUCAGAGUCUGGUGGGGUAACAGAACAAGUGAUGCACAUGCUUCCAAUCUCAAACUCAGCUAGGGUCAGAUGUGUUGAAGUGUUGGAUAAAGCCAUUUCAGGAGUCCUUUUGGCCACUGCUGAGAUUGCAUUUUUCCAAGGAUGCUUGACUUGGCUUUUAUUUAGGUUAUACAAAAUACAUUUCUUGUAUGUGUCAACUGUCUUUGCCUUUAUUAGCCCUUUGCUACCAAUACUUCCAUCUUGGCUUGCAACAAUUCCAGCAGCUAUACAACUUGUGCUAGAAGGUAGAUACGUAGUGGCCAUUGUCUUAUCUGUUACUCACCUUGUCCUCAUGGAUUAUGGGGCAACUGAAAUUCUGGAAGAUUUGCCUGGUUACAGUGCAUAUCUUACUGGGCUAAGCAUCAUUGGGGGAAUGACCUUGUUUCCGUCAGCUCUAGAGGGAGCUAUUAUGGGGCCACUGAUAACCACGGUAAUGAUUGCUCUGAAGGAUUUAUAUGCUGAAUUUGUUUUGGGAGAACUUGAUGAUGGGGUCAAGCUGAAAGCAAGCUAAGCCUCUAUCUAUUUCAAUGAUAGUGUAUGUUUACAUUGUUGUUUGUCAUUCUAGUAAUGGAGCUUGUACCUAGGCUAGUCAUUUGUUUGUAAUUAUAUUUUAUCUAUGUCAUUAGAUUACUAUAAUUGACUAAUAGGACCUUUCUUUUUCCUCCAUUAGGGGUCACAAAUAUUUUCACUUUGUGGCAGUGUUCGAAAGUUGUAUUAGUGCUGUCCACUAGUCCUGAAUUCUAUUCCUUCAUGAAUUUUUCUAUUCUUUGUACCAAAAGAGAAAAAUAAAAAUAAAAACACAUGUAAGGCUGUUUAAUACCAAAUUCCCUGCAAGUAUCUUGGAU